AUCAAAAAUGGGUGGUGGAAAGUAUGAGACUCAAAUGUGUGUAAUUAUCAUCGAAGAUAUUUUCGGAAAGAUUGUGGCGAAAGUAAUGGAGACGAUUCUGAAAGAAAGCUGCCAGUUGUCUACUCUUUUUUAUAAACUGAAAGGACAAAUUUCAAAUACUCUAAUCAGAAAAUCGGUUUCCACAUUGAUCAACUUUGGUUUUGUUACUUUCCACUUGGACACGAACAAUCGAACCACAUAUGUUGCAGAUUCCGACCAAAUUCAACAUGUCAUUUCCUCGCCGAGAGCUUGCCUCAUUGCUAAAACGCUCUACGGACCUGCUGCAGAGUCUAUCUGCGUCGAACUUAUUUCUCAAGGGCGGCUUACCGUAUCCGAGACAAUUCGUCGAAUUCAAGCGACAGAUGAGACGGCCGUGUUCAGUGACAUCAAGAAAUCUUUCGAAGAACUCGCAGCUGCACAUUUUCUCAUUCGAGUUCCGUCUGUAGAAUCAGAAAUUCAUGGUUGUCCUCAAUUUGUGACCAAUUUUGAUCCAUUUGCAAUAUCUACUAAUAUCAUGGAAAAGAAAGAAGGAACAUCCACUAGCGACUCAACUUCAAACAACCGAAAGCGAAAAGCUGAUUCAACUCCAGAGGAUGGUGAUGCAGGUCAAUAUUGGAGAAUCAAUUGGAUCCGAUUCAAUGGAUAUCUUCGCGAUGAGCUUAUUAUUGAUUAUCUUAUUGGAGGUGGUUCAAAAGGUACAAUGACAAAUUUAAAUGUCAAAAAAGAAGAAACCAUCGAAGAUCCACAAGGAGAUAGAACUCAAUACAUCACACAGAAUGUGGCUCAUCUUAUGUUCAAAAUUAACGAAACGAGAGCUAAACCAAUGAGUAUGGAGAGUAUCACAGCCAGUUUGACCGAUUUGCAACGACUUGUUAAAGAAAAUGGACUGAACCUUGCCAAGCCAGAUAUUGAACUCGCUUGCCAGAUCCUUGUUGAUGAAUCGGACGGAAUUAUCAGAAAACUUGGAGAAUCAAAUGGAGGUAUUUUUAUUGUCGACAUUCGUCGCGCUAUUCGUCAAAUCUGUCGUCAUCACUGUGAAUCGCUCAUCAGAGAACAGUUCGAAGGACGUGCAAUUCGAGUUAUGAGACUUCUUGAAAAUCGUCAUUAUCUGGAUGAAGAACAAGUAGAGAAGUUGAGCAUGAUGAGUGGAAAAGAAGCAAGAGAAAUGUUAUACGCAUUAGUUGAAGAAGGAUAUGUGUUCAAUAAGCCUGUCGGUCGUAGCAACGAUUUCCAACCCGCUCGCACAUUCUAUCUCUACUAUGUAGAUCUACCUCGUACUAUUCGUGGUCUCGUAGAGUACACUUGCAAAUUGGUCCGAAACCUUAUUGUUCGUCAACGACAUGAACGAACUGAAAAUAAAUCGGUGCUCGACAAGGAUGCGAAUGUUCAACCAAUUAUUGAAAACAUUCGCUCUUCUGAGCAACUCGAUGAAGCUUCAAAGUUGGCACAAAUUGCAGAAGUUGAAGAAAUGUACCUUCCUGGUCCAGAUCGUGCACAAUUGAAUCGCUUCCGUAAAGCUCAGGCUACUUUGCUGGCUGCUCAGGAUCAAUCAAUUCGAGUUUUGCUCUCUUUCAAAUUGUUCUUGGCUUCAGGGGAAAACUAAAAUUUGUUACUUCGUUGUUUUUUUAAAAUUUAUCCGAGUUGUUAUGUUAUCUGAUUUUGUCAUAUUAUCAUUGUUAAAAAAAAUGAACGUUUUUCAGUUA